AUGGCAUCACUGAGUGACAAGCGACUGGACUUCAUAGAGAAUUACUGCACUCUCUAUCUCCAUGUUAAACCUGACAAAUGGUCUAAGUUUGCAACCAGUGAGGAUGUCCAUGCCAUGCUCAAUGAGUUCUAUGAGAAGCAAGACCUGACAGCACUGGUGAUCACACUCAACCCCACUGGACAACUAGUCCCUUGCAUUGGUUUCCCAUCAACACUGAAGAAUAAAGGCAUUUAUUUUGUGAAGAAGAAGCAUGAAAACAUUACCAAAGACAACUUCCGGGAUGCGUUGCUUGUUGGAGAUCUCAGCCCUUCCCCUGUAGAGCAGAUGAUGGCUGUUGUGGAAGAGGUGGUCUACUCCUUAUUCCUGAAGAGUGAAAACCUGGCUGGAUGGCCUCGAGUGGUAGCUGAAGAUGUUAUACGGCAAGCCCACAGGCUAAAGAAUGAGAUGUUUGUGAUGGGCGGAAAGAUCAAAGGAAAAACACUGCUUCCUUUGCCAGAGAACAUGGCUACCCUGGACUGUACAGCAGAUGCGUUUGACACUUUGCCCAGAGCUGUGGACAGUACACUGUUACAUUCCAUCGAAACAAUAAUCAUUGACUGGUCUCAUCAGAUCCGAGAUAUCCUGAGCAAAGACUCCGCGCAACCUCUCCUGGAUGGUUUGAACCCAUUACCCAGAACGGAAUUUGAUUUCUGGUAUAGCAGGCGGCUCAACCUGCAGUGCAUAAAUGAGCAGCUGUAUGCCCCACAAGUGAAAAAGAUUGCUGAUAUUUUGGAGAGAGCAAAGAGCUGCUACUGGCCAGCACUGAAGAACGUUUUCAAGGAUGUAUCUGCAGGACUGAAAGAAGCCGAUGAUAUCAACUUGUACUUGCAGCCACUAAAAGUUCUCUUGGAGGAAGUGGAACAAGCUGAAUACCCCCAGCUCCCUCCAUUCAUCAACAGCGUCAUGUACACCAUAUGCUUGAUUUGGGCCAAUUCUGAAUAUUACAACAUUCCAUCCCGGAUCAUUGUCAUUCUGCAGGAGAUCUGUAACCUCUUCAUUGAGAUGACACGUAACUUUCUGAGUCCUGAGGAAGUGCUGAAAGGCUUACAAGGCGAAAUUGAGGAAGUCCUGGGAGGGAUCAAGCUGGGGAUCUCCAUGAUAGAGAAACUCUACAAGACCUAUGAUGUUUGCUGCAAAGAAAUGAUGCCUACUUUUUUUAAGGAAAAGGAACCACAGUACUGGGAGUUCCCUUCUACUCUUGUCUUUACUAGAAUGAAUUCCUUUUUUCACAGACUGAAGACAAUAGAGGAACUGUACAUGACUGCAAUUGAGUUUCUUAAACUGGAGAAAAUUGAGUUGGGAGGUGUGAGAGGCAAUAUCCUAGGGAGCCAGGUGGUUCAAAUUUACGAGGAGGUCCUGGAACACAUGAAGGUCUUUGCGGAAUGCAAAUAUGAUCCUUUGGAUCCAGCAGAUGAGCAAUUUGAUGAAGAUUUUGCAGACUUCCAGAUCAAAAUUCAGGAUUUGGAUAGACGACUGGCCACCAUUUUCUAUCAAGGAUUUGUUGACUGCUCGAGUUUCGAAUCUGCUGUCAAGCAAAUCCAUAUGUUUGCAUCGCUGUUGGAACGACCAUUGAUCAAGGCAGAUGUUGCUCCCCACUACACAACGCUCUUGGAUAUGUUCAACGUCGAACUGGACAAUGCCAAGAUUUUGUAUGAUGCCCAAAUAUCUGCCACGAAAACAGGAAAUGGUGUGCCUCCCAUUAGCAAAAACAUGCCACCUAUUGCUGGGCAGCUGAAGUGGGCUUUGGAACUCCAAGAAAGAUUACAGAUCCCAAGGAAAGACUUGCAUGCCAUUGAUCAUCCUGUUAUGGUCAGUUCUGAAGCUAAGCUGAUAUAUGCAAAGUAUGAGGAGAUUAUACGUCUGCUGAAAGGUUACCGUGAAAAAAUUUAUGAAGAAUGGAUUAACCGCGUUGAUAGAGACUGUCAGUUCAACCUAGAGCAGCCACUGAUCCAGAGAAAUCCAGUGACGACGCUUAUUAGUGUGAACUUCAACAAAGAGCUUGUUGCUGUCCUCCGUGAAGUCAAGUACCUGAACUUUCAGCAGCAGAAAGAAAUUCCAGACAGUGCCGGUGGCCUCUUCUCUCAGAAUGAAACUUUCCGGAAGUUUGUGGACAACUUAGAUCUCAUAGUUGGAUGGUACAACAAGAUCAAGCGGACAAUUUUGCCAGUAGAACUUCCACUGGUCCACCGAGAGCUGAAAGAAAUUGAUGUCGGCCUGCAGAAAGCUGAGACCAACCUGUUCUGGAGUAAUGAAGGUGUUAUGGACUAUAUUCAAGAGAUGAGAAACGUCUUAUAUGAUUUGGAGACUAGAAUUCAGAAAACAAAAUUGAACGUGGAGAAUAUCGACCAGCUAAUGCAGGAAUGGUCAGCGAGUCCUUUGUUUGAAAGGAAGGACAAUAAGGAGACAGCGCUCCUUGAUUUGGAUGGGAAACAAACAAAUAUAAACAAACGCUAUGCAGCAAUCAAAGAUGCUGGGCUGAAGAUUCAGGCUAUGGUUGAGGAAAAUGCAGAAUUGUUCAAGGCUGACAAGAUAACAGGAAUAUGGUCUAAUUAUGUAGAAUAUAUUGAUGACAUGAUUUUGGAUGGCUACUUUAAGUUUAUUCGCAAAUCACUGCAGUUUCUACUCAGCAACAUGUCAGCUGAUUCCAGUACAGCCCCUUUAUUUGAAGUACGCCUGGAGUUGUAUAAAGAUGAUUUAAGGUUCCGUCCUUCACUAGAAGUGGGUGCAGAUCAAGGUUUUCUAGAGGUGGUGGAAAACCUGAUGAAUGAUAUCUAUGAUACAGCUAAGCUUAUACCACGACUGGCGAAACGGAAGCUCAGCUAUAAGUCUGACCUAGAAGAUAUGGGAGAGUUGAUAGAGAUGCGAGAGGAGGUGUCCAACAUCGUGAUCAAUGGCAUGAAGCAAGGUGAAGAAUAUGAAGAUUCUUUCGAGAAAUACUCAUACCUUUGGAUGGAUGAUCCACAAGAAUUCAUGCAACGCUUUCUCAUCUUUGGCCAUGCCCUAACACCUGAAGAGCUGGAGUCUCAUGCCGAGGAAUACUUGCCUCAUGUCGCACCCACUCUAGAGCAAUUUCAGCUACAGAUUGACACAUAUGAGAAACUCUAUGAAGAAGUGUCCAAGUUUGAGAACACGAAAGUGUUCAAUGGUUGGUUGCAAAGUGACUGUCGUCCCUUCAAGCAAGCGCUUCUGAACACCAUCAAGCGCUGGAGCCUAAUGUUCAAGCAGCACCUCAUCAACCAUGUCACCACCAGCCUUCAGAGUCUUGCCACUUUUAUGAAAGAAGCCAAUGCCGGCUUAACUAAACCAGUAAAAGAAGGGGACUACGAUGGGCUCGUGGAAGUGAUGGGACACUUGAUGAGGGUCAAAGAGAGACAAAUCGCUACUGACAACAUGUUUGAGCCUCUAAAGCAAACUAUUGAAUUACUAAAAGUCUACGGAGAAGAAAUGCCUGAAGAAAUCCAUAUGCAGUUGCAUGAAUUGCCAGAGCAAUGGAACAACACCAAAAAGUUAUCAUUCCAAGUCAAACAGAACGUGGCUCCUCUGCAGGCAAAUGAAGUUACGAUCAUCCGAAGGAAAUGCCAACAGUUUGAGAUUAAACAACACGAGUUCAGAGAGAAAUUCCGAGUUAAUGCCCCCUUCACUUUUGUUGACCCAGAUCCAUACAAAUCCCUAAAUAAGCAACAAAAAAUGAUCACUGCUAUGGAAAAAGAGAUGGAAGCCCUCUCUAAAUCUGCAAGCUUGUUUGAGGUUUCUGUCCCAGAUUACAAACAGCUGAAGGCAUGCCACAAGGAAGUGCGAUUGCUCAAGGAACUCUGGGAUAUGAUUGUCUUGGUAAAUCAGAGCAUUAAUGACUGGAAGACCACAAAGUGGAAGGAGAUCAAUGUUGAGCAGAUGGAUCUUGAUUGCAAGAAAUUUGCUAAGGAUGUGAGAGGUUUGGACAAGGAAAUGAGAGCAUGGGAUGCUUUUGUGGGACUGGAUAACACAGUUAAAAAUAUGAUCACAUCCCUCCGAGCUGUAAGUGAUCUCCAGAAUCCAGCUAUUCGAGACAGACAUUGGAAAGAACUCAUGCAGGCCACCCAGGUGAAGUUUACCAUGUCUGAUGAAACGACGCUUGCAGACCUGCUUCAGCUGAAUCUCCACAAAUUUGAGGAUGAAGUUCGCAGUAUUGUAGACAAGGCUGUGAAAGAGUCGGGGAUGGAAAAGGUGUUGAAGGCUCUUGAUAGCACCUGGUCAACUAUGCAAUUUGAACAUGAGCCCCACCAUAGGACUGGUACCAUGUUGCUCAAGUCUGACGAAGCACUAGUAGAAACCCUUGAAGAAAAUCAAGUGCAGCUCCAGACUCUGAUGACUUCUAAGUACUUGGCGCACUUCCUUCAGGAAGUCUCCGGCUGGCAGCAGAAAUUAUCUACUGCUGACUCCGUGAUAUCCAUCUGGUUUGAAGUUCAGAGAACCUGGAGCCACCUAGAGAGCAUUUUCAUUGGUUCAGAAGACAUUCGGAACCAGCUUCCAGAGGACUCUAAGCGUUUUGAUUCCAUUGACAAGGAUUUUAAGAAAUUAAUGGCUGAUGCAGUAAAAACCCCUAACGUGGUUGAAGCAACAAAUAAACCAGGGCUUUAUGACAAGCUAGAAGCCUUGCAGCAAAGCUUGGCACUCUGUGAAAAGGCUUUGGCUGAAUAUCUGGAGACCAAGAGACUGGCUUUCCCCCGAUUUUACUUUGUAUCUUCUGCCGACCUGCUGGAUAUUUUGUCCAACGGCAAUGACCCUGUGGAGGUGUCCCGCCACUUGUCCAAGCUGUUCGAUAGCAUGGCCAAGCUGAAAUUCAAACUAGAUGCCAAAGAGCAGCCGCUGAAGAUUGGCUUGGGCAUGUACAGCAAAGAAGACGAGUAUGUCGAUUUUGACAAGGAUUGCGACUGUUCUGGGCAGGUGGAGGUUUGGCUAAACCGAGUGCUUGAGAGAAUGCAAAGCACCUUACGCAAAGAAAUUUCGGAAGCUGUAGUGACUUAUGAGGAAAAGCCAAGAGAGCAGUGGCUGUUUGAUUACCCAGCACAGAUUGCUUUGACGUGUACCCAGAUCUGGUGGACAACAGAGGUCGGCAUUGCCUUUUCACGGCUGGAGGAAGGCUAUGAAAAUGCGAUCAAAGAUUACAAUAAAAAACAGAUUAACCAGUUAAACACAUUAAUUACUCUGCUCAUUGGGAGCUUAACCCCAGGAGACAGAAUGAAGAUUAUGACGAUCUGUACCAUUGAUGUCCAUGCCAGAGACGUCAUUGCCAAAAUGAUUACAGCAAAGGUGGAAAGCUCCCAGGCCUUUACAUGGCAGUCCCAACUUAGGCACCGAUGGGAUGAUGAAAAGAGGCACUGCUAUGCCAAUAUCUGUGAUGCUCAGCUCCAGUAUUCCUAUGAGUACCUAGGCAACACCCCACGACUGGUGAUCACACCACUCACCGACAGAUGCUAUAUCACUCUGACACAGUCCCUCCACUUGAUCAUGGGAGGAGCGCCUGCAGGUCCAGCUGGCACAGGGAAAACCGAGACCACCAAAGACUUGGGCAGAGCAGUAGGGAUCAUGGUGUAUGUCUUCAAUUGCUCUGAGCAAAUGGACUAUAAGUCCUGUGGAAAUAUCUACAAAGGGUUGUCCCAGACGGGUGCGUGGGGAUGUUUUGAUGAAUUCAAUCGGAUUUCUGUGGAAGUCCUGUCUGUAAUUGCUGUGCAGGUGAAAUGUGUUCAAGAUGCAAUUCGAGCCAAGAAGAAGACGUUCAACUUCCUUGGAGAAAUCAUCUCUCUUAUACCAACUGUUGGAAUGUUUAUUACUAUGAAUCCUGGCUAUGCAGGUCGUACUGAGCUGCCUGAAAAUUUAAAAGCAUUAUUCAGGCCUUGUGCAAUGGUUGUUCCUGAUUUUGAGCUGAUUUGCGAAAUCAUGCUGGUUGCUGAAGGUUUCAUUGAAGCCAGGCUUCUAGCUAGGAAGUUUAUUACUCUCUAUACCCUGUGUAAGGAGCUGCUUUCAAAGCAGGAUCACUAUGACUGGGGUUUGAGAGCGAUCAAGUCUGUGCUAGUAGUGGCUGGCUCACUGAAGAGAGGAGAUCCUGGCCGGGCUGAAGACCAGGUGCUCAUGAGAGCUUUGCGAGACUUUAACAUCCCCAAGAUUGUGACAGAUGAUUUACCUGUGUUCAUGGGACUCAUUGGAGACCUUUUCCCAGCACUCGAUGUCCCAAGGAAGCGUGAUCUAAACUUUGAAAAGAUUAUCAAACAAUCCAUUAUUGAGCUCAAGCUACAGCCCGAGGAGAGUUUUGUGCUGAAGGUGGUACAGCUGGAGGAACUACUUCAAGUCCGACAUUCUGUGUUUGUGAUUGGAAAUGCAGGCUGUGGCAAGUCCCAGGUGCUGAAAUCUCUAAAUAAAACUUACCAGCUUAUGAAAAGAAAACCUGUUGCUGUUGAUCUUGACCCUAAAGCUGUAACCUGCGAUGAACUAUUUGGAAUAAUUAAUCCAGCUACCAGAGAAUGGAAAGAUGGCUUAUUUUCAACGAUCAUGCGAGAUCUGGCUAAUAUAGCUCAUCGUGGGCCAAAAUGGAUUGUUCUGGAUGGAGAUAUAGAUCCAAUGUGGAUUGAGUCUUUGAAUACUGUGAUGGAUGACAAUAAGGUCCUCACCUUAGCAAGCAAUGAGCGAAUCCCACUAAACCCAACUAUGAGGCUUGUGUUUGAGAUCAGCCACCUAAGAACAGCAACACCUGCCACAGUGUCCAGAGCAGGAAUCUUGUACAUUAACCCCGCUGACCUUGGCUGGAAUCCAGUGGUGAGCAGCUGGAUUGAGCGUCGGGAAGUGCAAUCUGAAAAAGCCAAUUUGAUGAUCCUGUUUGACAAGUACUUGCCUACCUGCUUGGACAAGCUGAAGUUUGGUUUCAAGAAAAUAACCCCUGUACCCGAAGUAACCGUGGUGCAAACUAUCCUAUAUCUACUGGAAUGUCUCUUGACUCCAACCAACACACCUCCAGAUUCUUCCAAAGAGCUAUAUGAACUCUAUUUUGUGUUUGCCUGCUUCUGGGCAUUUGGAGGAGCAAUGUUCCAAGAUCAGCUUGUGGACUAUCGUGUAGAGUUCAGCAAAUGGUGGGUGAAUGAAUUUAAAACCAUAAAGUUUCCUUCUCAGGGGACUAUUUUUGACUAUUAUAUUGACCCAGAGUCAAAGAAAUUCAUGCCUUGGACUGAUAAAGUGCCACAAUUUGAGCUGGAUCCAGAUGUCCCAUUGCAGGCCUCGAUGGUCCACACAACAGAAACCAUCCGAAUUCGCUACUUCAUGGAUCUGCUAAUGGCCAAGAAAUGGCCUGUGAUGCUAGUUGGGAAUGCAGGCACUGGGAAGUCCGUGCUGAUGGUGGAUAAGCUGGACACCCUAAACAUGGAUGAUUUCAUAGUGCAAGCUGUGCCCUUUAACUUCUACACAACUUCAGCAAUGUUGCAGUCUAUUCUUGAGAAGCCUCUGGAGAAGAAAUCAGGAAGGAAUUUUGGUCCCCCUGGUACCAAGAAGCUCAUUUACUUCAUAGAUGAUAUGAACAUGCCAGAAGUCGACAAAUACGGCACUGUGGCCCCUCAUACCUUGAUCCGGCAGCACAUGGACCAUGGACACUGGUAUGAUAGAACCAAGCUGACACUAAAGGAUAUUCACAAUUGCCAAUACGUUGCCUGUAUGAACCCAACUUCUGGAUCCUUCACUAUUGAUUCCAGGCUCCAGCGACACUUCUGUGUAUUUGCUGUGAGUUUCCCAGGACAAGAUGCCCUUAUGGCCAUCUAUAGCACUAUCCUAGGUCAGCACUUGGCCCUCCGAAAUGUCCCAAUGGUGGUCCAGAAGAUUCAUUCACAUCUUGUUUCUGCAGCUCUAGCCUUGCAUCAGAAAAUUACAGCAACUUUUCUUCCUACGGCCAUAAAAUUCCACUAUGUUUUCAAUCUCCGGGACCUCUCUAAUAUUUUCCAGGGACUGCUAUUCUCCACACAUGAGUGCCUCAAGGUGCCAUCAGACCUGGUCCGACUAUGGCUGCAUGAAGCUGAGCGGGUUUAUUGUGACAAAUUAGUGGAAGAUAAAGAUCAAGAGAGCUUUGGCCGGGUCAUGAUGGCGACUUGCAAGAAAUUUUUUGAGGAUCUGGGUGACAAUAUUGUCUUUGCGAAGCCCAACGUUUUUUGCCAUUUCGCUCAGGGGAUUGGAGAUCCAAAGUAUCUGCCUGUUUCCAACACUCAGUCCCUGAACAAACUACUUGUGGAAGCCCUGGACAGCUACAAUGAGGUCAAUGCAGUGAUGAGCUUGGUGCUGUUUGAGGACGCUGUCUCUCACGUCUGCAGGAUCAAUCGCAUCUUAGAGUCCCCCAGAGGGAAUGCCUUGUUGGUGGGUGUAGGAGGCAGUGGCAAGCAGAGCCUGUCCCGACUGGCAGCCUAUAUCAGCUCCUUGGAUGUGUUUCAGAUCACAUUGAAGAAAGGCUAUGGAAUUCCAGACCUCAAGGCUGACCUGGCUUCCCAGUACAUCAAAUCUGCUGUGAAGAACACCCCCACCGUGUUUCUCAUGACAGACUCACAGGUUGCUGAAGAGCAAUUCUUGGUACUGAUCAAUGACCUCCUGGCAUCUGGAGAGAUUCCAGGGCUAUUCCAGGAUGAUGAGGUGGAAAACAUUCUUAGCUCCAUGCGACCUCAGGUGAAAUCUCUUGGCAUGCAAGAUACUCGCGAAAACUGCUGGAAAUACUUCAUUGAGAAAGUCCGAAGGCAACUGAAGGUGAUCUUGUGCUUCUCUCCUGUGGGAUCUACCCUGCGCGUACGGGCAAGAAAGUUCCCUGCUGUAGUGAACUGCACAGCUAUUGACUGGUUUCAUGAAUGGCCUGAAGACGCAUUGGUGUCUGUCAGUGCAAGGUUCCUUGAGGAGACGGAAGGAAUAGAGCCUGAAGUUAAGACCUCCAUCAGUCUGUUUAUGUCAUUUGUCCACAAAACCGUCAAUGAAAUGUCCAAGACCUACCUGACCACCGAGAGACGCUAUAAUUAUACCACUCCAAAGACCUUCUUGGAACAGAUCAAACUAUACCAGAACCUUCUUGCUAAAAAAAGAAGAGAACUUAUUGCCAAAAUUGAGAGGCUGGAAAAUGGUUUAAUGAAACUCCAGAGUACAGCCUCACAGGUUGAUGAUCUGAAAGCCAAGCUUGCUGUUCAAGAACUGGAGCUCAAGCAUAAGAAUGAAGAUGCCGACAAACUGAUCCAAGUGGUGGGGGUUGAAACAGAGAAAGUGAGCAGGGAGAAAGCGAUUGCUGACGAAGAGGAGUUGAAAGUGCAGGUCAUCAAUACGAAUGUGACAGAAAAGCAAAGGGCCUGUGAAACGGAUUUGGCCAAAGCUGAACCAGCUCUGCUUGCUGCUCAAGAAGCACUGGACACUCUCAAUAAGAACAACCUGACAGAACUGAAAUCUUUUGGGUCCCCUCCAGAAGCUGUGGUUAACGUGACAGCAGCUGUAAUGAUCCUCACAGCUCCCGGUGGCAAGAUACCAAAGGACAGAAGCUGGAAAGCUGCAAAAGUCAUGAUGGGCAAAGUAGACAGUUUCCUGGAUUCGCUGAAGAAAUAUGACAAGGAGCACAUUCCAGAGGCCUGCUUGAAAGCAUUUAAACCAUUUCAAAACGAUCCAACAUUUGAUCCAGAUUUUAUACAGUCGAAGUCCACAGCUGCUGCUGGUCUGUGUUCUUGGUGCCUAAACAUUGUUCGUUUCUAUGAAGUCUACUGUGACGUUGCACCCAAGCGGCAAGCCUUGGAAGAGGCUAAUAAUGAACUGGCAGAGGCACAAGCAAAACUCCAACUGAUCAAAAACAAAAUUGCAGAUCUAAAUGCCAACUUAGCCAAUCUGACUGCUGAAUUUGAAAAGGCCACAGCUGAGAAAAUCAAGUGCCAACAAGAAGCUGAUGCAACUAACAGAGUAAUAUCAUUGGCUAACAGGCUAGUUGGUGGAUUAGCAUCAGAAAACGUGCGUUGGGCCGAGUCAGUGGAAAAUUUCCGCGAACAGGAAAAGACGUUGUGUGGGGAUGUGCUUCUAAUUACUGCAUUUGUUUCCUACGUUGGCUACUUUACCAAAAAAUACAGAACUGAACUGCUGGACAAGUUCUGGACUCCUUACCUACAUCAACUGAAGGUGCCAAUUCCCAUCACUCCUGGCCUGGACCCUUUGAGUCUCCUAACGGAUGACGCGGAUAUUGCCACAUGGAACAACCAGGGGCUCCCCAGUGACCGCAUGUCCACCGAAAAUGCAACUAUCCUGUGCAAUACAGAACGUUGGCCACUCAUUAUAGAUGCCCAGCUCCAAGGGAUCAAGUGGAUUAAAAACAAACAUGGAGACGAGCUGAAAGCCAUCCGGCUUGGACAGAAAAGCUACCUAGACAUCAUUGAACAAGCCAUUUCCAAUGGAGACACGCUCCUCAUUGAGAACAUUGGAGAGUCUGUGGAGCCUGUGCUGGAUCCGCUGCUAGGUCGAAACACCAUCAAGAAGGGAAAGUACAUUAAGAUAGGAGACAAGGAGGUGGAAUACCACCCCAACUUCCGCCUGAUUUUGCACACCAAGUACUUCAACCCCCACUACAAACCAGAGAUGCAGGCCCAAUGCACCUUGAUCAACUUUCUGGUCACCAGGGAUGGGCUGGAGGACCAGCUCUUAGCUGCUGUGGUGGCUAAGGAGAGACCUGACCUGGAGGAACUGAAGGCCACUCUCACAAAGCAACAGAAUGAAUUUAAGAUCAUCCUGAAGGAGCUGGAGGACUCCUUACUGGCUAGACUCUCUGCUGCAUCAGGAAACUUCCUAGGGGACACAGCCUUGGUGGAAAAUCUAGAGACAACUAAGCGCACGGCUAAUGAGAUAGAAGUAAAGGUGAAAGAGGCUAAAAUUACUGAAGUGCAAAUUAAUGAAGCUAGAGAGAACUACAGAGCAGCUGCAGAAAGGUCAUCCUUGUUGUAUUUUAUACUAAACGACCUCAACAAAAUCAAUCCCAUCUAUCAAUUCUCCCUAAAGGCAUUCAAUGUGGUGUUUGAGAAAGCCAUUCAACGUACACCUCCAGCAGAUGAUGUGAAACACAGGGUGAUCAACCUAACUGAUGAGAUCACAUAUUCAGUCUUCAUGUAUACAGCCCGGGGGCUUUUUGAGAGAGACAAGCUUAUUUUUCUAGCCCAGGUUGCCUUUCAGGUCUUGUUGGUGAAGAAGGAAGUGAAUCCGGUGGAACUGGACUUUCUCCUGCGUUUUCCCUUUAAAGCUGGACUGACAUCUCCAGUAGAUUUCUUAUUAGGUCAAGGAUGGGGUGGAAUUAAGGUACUCUCUGAGAUGGAUGAGUUCAAAAACUUGGACAGUGAUAUUGAAGGUUCUGCUAAGCGGUGGAAAAAGUUUGUAGAGUCUGAGACCCCCGAGAAGGAAGUAUUUCCCAAGGAGUGGAAGAACAAGACAGCCCUACAAAAGCUGUGCAUGAUGCGAUGCAUGAGGCCAGACCGCAUGAGUUAUGCAGUCAAGAACUUUGUGGAGGAGAAGAUGGGGAGUAAAUUUGUUGAAGGCCGAAGUGUUGAAUUCUCCAAGUCAUAUGAAGAAAGCAGUCAGUCUACCCCAAUAUUCUUCAUUCUCUCUCCUGGAGUUGAUCCACUGAAGGAUGUUGAAGCCCUCGGUCAGAAGCUUGGCUUCGCCAUAGAUAAUGGGAAAAUCCACAAUGUGUCCCUAGGACAAGGACAAGAGGUUGUGGCAGAACACGCUCUAGAUGUUGCUGCAGUAGAGGGACAUUGGGUCAUUCUUCAGAAUAUCCAUCUGGUCGCCAAGUGGCUGGGCACACUGGAUAAGAAGGUGGAACGGUACAGCAUCGGGAGCCACAAUGAUUACCGAGUAUUCAUGAGUGCUGAGCCUGCCCCCAGCCCAGAUUCUCACAUUAUUCCCCAGGGACUUCUGGAAAACGCCAUUAAAAUCACCAAUGAGCCUCCUACAGGCAUGCAUGCCAACUUGCACAAAGCCCUGGAUCUUUUUACACAGGAUACCCUGGAAAUGUGCACCAAAGAAAUUGAAUUCAAGUGUAUUCUCUUUGCCCUCUGCUACUUCCAUGCAGUGGUGGCAGAACGGCGGAAAUUUGGAGCUCAAGGGUGGAAUAGAUCAUACCCAUUUAACAAUGGAGAUCUCACCAUUUCCAUCAACGUGUUGUAUAAUUACCUGGAAGCUAAUGCGAAGGUUCCCUGGGAUGACUUGCGCUAUCUCUUUGGGGAGAUCAUGUACGGGGGACACAUCACUGAUGACUGGGAUCGCAGACUAUGCCGGACCUACCUAGGUGAAUACAUCCGCAUGGAGAUGCUGGAGGGGGAAAUGCUUCUGGCACCAGGAUUCCUUAUACCACCCAAUGCUGAUUACAAGGGAUAUCACGAAUAUAUUGAUGAAAACCUCCCACCCGAGAGUCCCUACCUUUACGGGCUUCACCCAAAUGCAGAGAUUGGCUUCCUCACUGUCACCUCAGAGAAACUGUUCCGUACGGUGCUGGAAAUGCAACCCAAGGAGUCAGAUGCUGGAGGAGGAACUGGUGUGUCCCGAGAGGAAAAGGUGAAAGCUGUGCUAGAUGAGAUCCUGGACCGGCUUCCAGAGCUCUUCAAUAUGACAGAAAUCAUGGCAAAGGCAGCAGAGAAAACCCCGUAUGUGGUGGUUGCCAUCCAGGAAUGUGAACGAAUGAACAUCCUUACCAGCGAAAUCCGACGUUCUCUGAAAGAAUUGAACUUGGGCUUAAAGGGAGAGUUGACAAUCACAACAGACAUGGAAGACCUAUCCAAUUCUCUUUAUUACGAUAAUGUGCCUGACUCCUGGACAAACCGUGCCUAUCCAUCUUUGCUCAGUUUAGCAGCGUGGUAUGCUGAUCUACUCCUCAGAAUCAGGGAACUGGAGGCCUGGACAACAGAUUUUGCCCUGCCCACAACUGUGUGGCUAGCAGGUUUCUUUAACCCUCAGUCUUUCCUCACAGCCAUUAUGCAGUCCAUGGCUAGAAAAAAUGAGUGGCCUCUUGACAGAAUGUGCCUUUCAGUGGAAGUUACCAAGAAGAACCGGGAAGAUAUGACAGCACCACCUCGAGAGGGCUCCUACGUGCACGGACUCUUCAUGGAAGGUGCACGCUGGGAUGUUCAGACCGGUGUCAUCAGCGAUGCACGCCUGAAGGAGUUGACGCCUGCGAUGCCAGUCAUCUUCAUCAAGGCCAUCCCUGUGGAUCGCAUGGAUACCAAGAACAUGUAUGAGUGUCCUGUGUAUAAGACACGUAUGCGGGGGCCCACCUACGUCUGGACAUUCAACCUGAAGACAAAAGAGAAGCCAGCUAAGUGGAUUCUUGCAGGGGUUGCUUUGCUCUUGCAAGUUUAAAGCCUGAGCUGACAACCAAGCCCUGCCCACUCCAUCAUGUCACCACUACCCCC